GGGAAGAACUGAAGUGUCUGAAUCCAUUUAAAUAGACUCCCUUCUCAUCAACCCCACUUCCACAUCCUUACGCAAACGACAAACGGAGACUCGCGCUUCUUUCAUUGUCAAGCUUCUCCAACACAUUUUGCUCUCUCCGAUUUUAUUAUCACAGGAACUUGUAGAAGUAUGAACCAUGGGUACUUAUAAUGGACUAGCCAUUUCACAAGGGAGAGAACCUCUCUUUUCAUUUGGAUUGAUCUCUGAUGUCCAGCAUGCUGACAUUCCCGAUGGACGCUCCUUCCUUGGAGUUCCUCGGUAUUAUAGGCAUAGCAUUCUUGUAUUACAGAGAGCAGUGAAAAACUGGAAUGAUCUGCAGCAGCAUAAGUUUGUGAUAAAUUUCGGGGAUAUUGUCGAUGGAUAUUGUCCAAAAGAUCAAUCUUUUGAUACCGUAAAGAAAGUUGUGAAUGAAUUUGAGAUGUUCAAGGGACCCGUGUAUCAUAUGAUAGGCAAUCACUGUCUAUACAACCUUCCUCGCAGCAAGUUACUUCCGUUAUUGAAGAUUCAGAGUCCUGAGGGCCAUGCUUACUAUGAUUUUUCUCCUGUGCCAGGAUAUAGAUUUGUAGUUCUGGAUGGUUAUGACGUUAGUGCCAUCGGCUGGCCUCAAGAUCAUCCAAGAACAUUGGAGGCCUUGAAAUUCCUCCGACAACAUAAUCCAAAUGCAGAUAAGAACAGUCCAAUAGGUUUAGAGGGGCUUGAAAGGAGGUUUCUCAUGUUCAAUGGAGCUGUUGGAAAGGAACAGAUGGAAUGGCUGAAUGGUGUUCUUCAGGAAGCAACUGAAUUGAAACAGAAGGUGGUGGUCUGUUGCCAUCUGCCUCUGGAUCCUGGGGCCUCAACCGAAGCGGCACUAUUAUGGAACUAUGAUGAAGUAAUGGAUUUGAUACACCGAUAUAAUUGCGUCAAGGUCUGUCUAGCUGGACAUGAUCACAAAGGUGGAUACUCUAUUGAUUCUCAUGGAGUGCAUCACAGAGUUCUUGAAGCUGCCUUAGAAUGUCCUCCCGGCACAGAUGCGUUUGGAUAUGUUAAUGUUUAUGAUGACAGGAUAUCACUUGUUGUUGGCAAAAUGGAAAGUGUAGACAUGUAUUUUAAUCCUCAAGCAGAUUUGUCAUGACAGCAGGAAGACAUCAAUUGUUUAUAAUAUAUUACAUGGUACUGGCAUCUUAUUGUAAGUCCUACUUUGUGGGAAAUUUUAUAUUUCUUUAUAGCUAUCAAGACUUUCAUUUUGAUUAAUGGUGAAACGGCCACUUUCUGUCCAA